AGAACACAACAAGAACAGCAAGCAAGCAAGCAAGCAACGGCAACAACAGACUCAUAUCACUACAACUUCAAACACAAUUCUCUACAUCAACUCGAUCAACAACUCGCCAAUAACCGAUAACAAAAUGUCUGUCUUCACUCACCACCCCUUCUACACUGUCCACAACAGCAACAACAACAACGAUCUUGGCAACUUCGGUAGCCUGAUCCGCUUCAUCGACGACUGGGACAAGACCUUCUGCCAGCCCAACAGCCGCAAUGGCAACUCCCCGUCCCGCCAAGGUCGCCGCCAAGUCCAGACCUUCACUCCUCGCUUUGACGUGAAGGAGACGGAGCAGACCUACGAGCUCCACGGCGAGCUCCCAGGUGUCGACAAGAAGAACGUGGAGAUCGACUUCAGCGACCCGCAGACCAUCGUGAUCCGCGGCCACAGCGAGCGCACCUACACAGCCGGGAACCCACCUGCAGGACUCCUCGGUGACGCCGCCAUGAGCGGCGCCAUCACCAACGAGCCUCACAACGAGGAAGAAGCAGAGACCCGCUCCAACAAGUCCUUCCAGGCAACUGUUGAGGAUGAGAAGGAGGAGGGUGCGGGCGCGGCCGACAACGACAACAGCACGGUGGCGAAUACCCCUGCCACCACGGCUACGACAGCUACCGAGACCCCUAAGCAGGAGAACGCCGCUAGUGGCGAGCCCAAGCACAAGUAUUGGGUCUACGAGCGCAGCGUCGGCAACUUCUCGCGCUCCUUCACCUUCUCUAGCCGCGUCGACCACGAGGACGUCAAGGCCUCGCUCGACAACGGCAUCCUGACUGUCGUCGUGCCCAAGGCCAAGAAGCACGAGAGCCGCCGCAUCGCCAUCAACUAAGUAAGCGGCUCGCCACUCUUGAACCCACUCACUCCUUCACUCGCACACACUAAUGUGCUUAUCUCAUCCUCAACACUCCUUUUCAACAUCACGAUGUCUUUUUUUCCCCUAAUUACACCAUACCACGACGACCAACGCGACGAAUACUUCUACUUAGCAUAUCCUGUUUGGAGUUUCUGCGAAAGGGAACAGCGAAAGGGAUUUUUUUUUCUCUGUGAAAGCAUUUACAUUGGCGCAAUGAAUAAUCCUGCGAGGAUGAGCAUACUCGCAUUUUACAUGCAUUUGUACACAUACUUAGUCUUUUGAUUAAUAAAAAUUUUCCUUGAUUUAAAAUGAAAUUGGAACUUUGUGAAUGGUGAAUUGUGAAAACUCAAAAUGUGUGAGAUUAAUAGUGAAAUGAGGAGUUUUCCAAGCAUUCUUAAGAAAUCGUAGGAGAAUAAGGCGGAGCUAAUAUUAAACAGUUGCCCGAUCAAUGAAAUAGGGGUAAUUAAUAUUCGUCCGUUUCGAUGUGAUCAUGCCUUUAUAUACUUGAUGCGUUUUAUAUCAUUAAUAGAAUGUUUUUGCUCUUGGUUUCAUUUUUUCUUUCUCUUCC